CUGCGGCCCUUCGUCGUACUCUCGAAUGCGCAAGCGCGGUCGUUCCGGGUGCUCGGAAGACCUGGCGGAGCCCGGCGCUGAUGGAGGCCCGAGGGCGGCGGGGGCGGGGCGCGCCGCGAGCUGGGGGCAUGUCCACGGCGGGCGCCGUCUAGAGGAGGGCCGAGCAGCCGCCACCACGCUUUCCGUCGCGGCGAGACGCAAGCGAGCCAGGCCGAGGGCCGCGGCGGCGAUGCAGCGACGGCGGCGCCCUCCGCCGCCAGUCUCUCAGCUGCCCGAGGGCUGCGGGGGAGGCGGCGGCAGCCGCGGAGGAGGCGGUGGGAGCGAGGAGGUGGAAGUGCAGUUCUCCGCCGGGCGUUUGGGCUCCGCCGCGGCGGUUUCGGCGGCGGCGGCCACGCGCAGCACAGAGGAAGAGGAGGAGAGGCUCGAGCGCGAGCACUUCUGGAAGAUCAUUAAUGCCUUCCGCUACUACGGCACCAGUAUGCAUGAGCGAGUACACCGAACAGAAAGACAAUUUCGAUCACUCCCAGCUAAUCAGCAGAAACUACUGCCGCAGUUUCUUCUUCACUUGGACAAGAUCCGGAAAUGCGUUGAUCAUAAUCAAGAAAUACUACUCACCAUUGUGAAUGAUUGCAUACAUAUGUUUGAAAAUAAAGAAUAUGGAGAAGAUGAGAAUGGAAAGAUUAUGCCAGCAUCUACAUUUGACAUGGAUAAGUUAAAAUCCACAUUGAAACAGUUUGUGAGAGACUGGAGUGAAACUGGGAAAGCAGAAAGGGAUGCCUGCUACCAGCCAAUCAUUAAAGAAAUUUUAAAAAAUUUUCCAAAAGAGAGAUGGGAUCCUUCUAAAGUAAAUAUUCUGGUACCUGGUGCUGGACUAGGAAGACUGGCCUGGGAAAUAGCUAUGCUAGGUUAUGCUUGUCAAGGAAAUGAAUGGAGUUUUUUUAUGCUCUUUUCUUCCAACUUUGUACUCAACAGAUGUUCUGAAAUUAAUAAAUAUAAGCUUUAUCCCUGGAUUCAUCAGUUUAGCAAUAACCGGAGGUCAGCUGAUCAGAUUCGACCCAUCUUUUUCCCUGAUGUUGACCCCCACAGUCUUCCUCCCGGUUCUAACUUUUCUAUGACAGCAGGAGAUUUUCAGGAGAUAUACUCAGAAUGCAGUACCUGGGACUGUAUUGCUACCUGUUUCUUCAUAGACACAGCUCACAAUGUAAUUGAUUAUAUUGACACAAUAUGGAAAAUACUCAAACCAGGUGGAAUUUGGAUAAAUCUAGGUCCUCUGCUAUACCACUUUGAAAAUUUGGCAAAUGAACUUUCCAUAGAAUUGAGCUAUGAGGAUAUAAAAAACGUUGUCCUGCAGUAUGGAUUCCAGGUAGAGGUGGAAAAAGAAUCUGUCUUGUCAACAUAUACUGUGAAUGAUCUCUCCAUGAUGAAGUACUACUAUGAAUGUGUCUUGUUUGUGGUCCGUAAACCACAGUAAUGGUCUCAAGUGGUAUCACAAGGAAAAAAGUUUAAUAAUAGCAGAUGCUGAAAUAAACAACUCAAAGUCAACUAUCACAAUGACAGGACACAAUCUCAAGUGGUAUCACAAGGAAAAAAGCUUAAUAAUAGCAGAUGCUGAAAUAAACAACUCAAAGUCAACUAUCACAAUGACAGGACACAACCUCAAGUCAGUGGUGCCUUCUUAUUCCUAACAGAAUUAAGAAAUAGCGUCUAUUUUCUUAAUAUGUCUAUUGCUUUUUCAGAAACAUACUAUGCCAUGCAUAUUUGUACUACACAAGUAAAAAUGGAGGAAAUGUCUUCAAGUAUACAUUUUCCUUGAAGUCCAGAAUUGUCUUUCAGUAGAAAAAACUUUAUCUCCAGUGUCUUCAUGAAGCUGUCCAUUGCAAGUCUGCCAUAUGAAUGACUAAUAGUAUUGAAGUCCAUAAUAAUCUCCUUUUUUGUUCUUUUGUAUGCAUUGCACAUGUUAUUUUUAAAAGAGUCUAAGGAUCCUCUGUCACUUUCAACAUCUGGAAUUGGGAAUUUUGUUUACUUUGGACCUAAGGAAUCUAUACAUAAAAUGUGCAUCUAUUCUUUUAUCAUUCAGAUUAUUUGAUUUUAUUUUCUAGCUCAGCUGAAUUUAUAGUUAGCAUCAAACAUUUCAUUUUUAUGAAAUGCUGAAUUCAUAGGAUCACAGGCCAGUAAAAUGCAUUUUAAAUAACUGAGAAAUUAAGUCUUUUGGCCACACUAAAUUGAACGCUUUUUGAAAGCAUACUCAUCAUGGAUCACUCUGAAAUGUAUGAGAUCACACCAUUCUAAGUGAGGCACAAAAGCCUUUAUUAAAGGUACUGCUCGGAAACUAGGGACAUAAGAAUAAAAUCUGCCCAUUUGAAAUGUAUGAUUUCAAACUAUAAAUGAAUACAGAGUUUGUCAGUGAGAUGUUUACAAUAAUGUCUUUUCUUUAGGUUACAUGAAUUACAAAAGCAAGCACUUUUUUUCCGUUAAAACAAUUAUAUACUAGUAAAAACUGUCAUGAUAGUAUUAAUGUGGAGAAAUUUUGAUUAUGAAAUUUGGGGAUACAUUACUGCCCAUGGUCUGUGUCUUUGAUAUUGUAAGAAGCAGCCAUUAAUAUAAUUUCAGA